AACAUUUUAAAUUUAUUGUUAAAGAGUAAUUUUUCAGACAAUGGUUGCAAUCGGUGAAAUAACAAAGCAGAUCAUGAAGAGAAAUCCUGGCUACUUUGCUAUUAAGGAAUUAGACUAUGGUAGGUUAUUGGUUAUAUCCUUAGGAACAGGCACAUCCAAAGCAGAAUAUAAAUACAAAGCAGACGAAGUGGCUAAGUAGGGUUUGUUGAGUUGGUUAACAAGUGGUGGUUCUACUCCAUUAAUAGACGUGUUUUCUCAAGCUAGUGCUGAUAUGGUUGAUUACCAUCUUUCUGUGAUAUUUCAAGCCCUUCAUUCCGAAGAGCAUUACCUCCGUAUUCAAGACGACUCUUUAAGUGGGACAGUGUCUUCGGUUGAUAUAGCCACCAAAACGAAUUUGGAAGACCUCGUAAAAGUUGGCGAAGGGUUGCUAAAGAAACCAGUUUCGAGGGUAAAUUUGGAGACUGGUACGGGUGAGCCUGCUGAGCACGAUACUAAUGAAGAGGUUCUCAGAAGGCUUGCAAAAUUAUUCUCCCAUGAGAAGCAACUUCGCAAUAUUGGAUCACCAGCUGGAAAAGUUGCAAGUUCCAAAUGA